UCGACGCGCACGCGCAGCAUCACGCGCUUCCAGGAAUGCAAGGGAGAGAUGGAACAUAUAAAUGCAGUGAUGGCGACAGCUGCAGAGGAGAUCUCAGAAAACACUGAGACACCAGUGUCUUUCAAAAGCGCAAGGAAAAACCAUGAUAGACCCUGGAAACUGAGUCUAAUUUAUCUGCAAUGCUAUUUUUUAACGAUAGCUACAAUACUGGGGACCGGGAUCCUGGGAUUGCCGGUGACGAUUGCUCGGGCAGGUCUUGUGCCUUUCCUGAUCUCCUUUCUUAUAGGCUUUCUAGUGCAGGCUCUGCUUAUAUACCUGUUUGUAGAUUUGCUGCAGCGAUGCCGUUUAGCCCAACUUGAGGCACUGAAGACUGCAGAGACGGAGAGGAUCUUAAUGGAGGAAGUGGGUUCUGAAGAACCUCCGACACUUAAUGCAGAAGAGGAAGAGGAUGGGGAGGAAGUGGAAGAGGCAGAUGCAGGUCUUCUGCAGAGGAGCGUCACAGCACGGACGCAAGAUGAGGACCUCCAGCCAAAUCUGCAUGUGCUGGGAGUUCUCUUCCUGGGCAAGCACACCAGCCGUGCCUUCAACUUUGUUCUGCUCUUUCAGUUUGUGUCCAUUGGGAUCAGUUACGUCUUGGCAGGAAGUGAGGCCUAUGCUGCACUUUUUCAUACCAGUUAUGUCUACGUGAUCCCUGCAUUUACAUGGACGCUCUCAUUGGGUAUUCUCCUGGCCCAGAUCAUCAUUCAGCCCAUCACAUCACUGCUGACUCUCCUUAAAGGAAUCCUACUGGUUAUUACCGUGGCCGUGACAUUUGUUGUGGGUUCAGAAGUUCACCAAGAGACCACGAAUGACUUCAGCCAAAUCGGGAAACCUUUUCUAAUGGGAACAGUAGCUCUCGGUGGGAUUGUCAACGUCAUGCCUUUUUUAUUUUCAGAAAUCUCCCAUGUUAAAACACAGGUCUUAUGGUUCAGAAGAGCUGUACUAGGAGGACUUGCCACAUGCACACUCUUAAAUAUAUUAUGGUGUUGGGCAGUUUUAGAGAUUGUUCCCCAGAUGGCCGUGGAGUCAGUGCUGGAGGAGAAACUCUUAAAUAGGAGCGCAGGACAAACAGAGGCGACUCAUCCAGUGCACACAUUUAUCUACUCCAACAUCUCCCUCGAGGAGUCAGAAAAGGCAGGGGAGAUUGCGACGAUACCACUAACCAAGGUCAUAACACAGAGGUACAGCCGGUUCUCAUGGGUGGCAGAGCUGAUCCAGAUCUUCAUCACCAUCAGUGUAACUGUGAGCUUCCUCGUGAUGGGCACAGCCAUGAAGCACACGAUUGAUGGUCUCGUCAGCACACACUGGGCGGAGAAUGUGGAAUGGAUGGCGAGAAUCAGCGCGAGGCUAUUGCCCCAUAGCUCACAGUGGAGGACAUUAGCCCAGAGCUUACAGCACUGCAGACGGUUCUUCAGCAGUUUCAUGUCCUUUCUGGCUUUCGGCCUCAUUUAUGUCAUUUCAGCUUGUGAUCCGAAGGGAUUUGUUGUGAUGCUUGACAAAGUGGUCUCCUUCUCCUUAAACACAGAGGUGGGUUUGUUCAUCUUCCUCAUGCUGAGGACCUCCAGAUCUGAGCGCUUCAAGCAUCUGACGGUGCCUCUGGCGGCGAACGAGAGACUCUUCAGGCUCCACUGGCUGCUGCCCAUCUACUUCCUCUUCGCUGUGGCUUAUGACAUCUUCCAGAGCAUCCUAGAGAUCACUGAGAACAUGUCGCUCGUCCUCCACACCAAUUCUUCUCUUUGAUGAGAGAGCUGAGAGAGACUGGAUAUCAGGUGGGGCAAAAUGCUGCUGAGAUGCCUCAGGAAUGAACAGUUAUUACCUCACACUGUGCCAGUGAGCCAAACCCAAUACACACAACACAGCUAAUGUUUUCACUGCUAUAGAUGGUCGUGCAUCAAUAGAACAUACUGCUCACAGAACGAGCCUCAGGCAGUGACGUCUCGCGUGAAAGAUUUAGAGUUGUUCUUCAGGCAAAAUGGCCCCUCAUUCACGCAUGCUAAGAAUGUAUUUCAUAUCCCCCCACUUCAUUUUAAUCCAGUAAAUUGCAUGUACUCCCAGUGAGUUAUGGAAGCAUAUUUUAAUUUCGUCAACAAUGCACUGUGAUUAAAUCUGCAGUCGCACCAUCAAACCAUAGCAACAUUCCCCAAAAAAGCUGCUACUUUUAACAAAGAGAUCUUUAAGGAAAUCAUGGGCUAUUAUUGUUGUCCAGUAUAUAAUUUGUGAUUUUAAUGAGCAGGCUGGAGUGCUUUGACAAGGAAUAAACCACAAGACUGCAGAAUAAAAUAUAGUGAUUUGAUUCGAGAGGUGUGAGUAGGGUUAGGAGUCGAAAAUCGAUUACAAUUCUGGACUUAAGGUCAGGAAUCAGAUGCUUGUUAUGAAAUUAAAAUUUCGAUUCCUCUUAUCGAUUCAUUUGUGUGCCUUUUAAUAUGACUUUAAACCAUUCAAAUGCAAGAAGACUAGCAUGCUAUUUUCUGUGCUGCACACAUCCAAAACGUGCGCACAGAAAGCCACCUUUCAUACUGAAUAGUGCGUGAUAUUGAACGGAGUUCUCUUCUGCAUCUUUUUGCACUUGAAUACACACAAAAUAUGUCAAAAUAUUCUUGUAAACACAGUGGGUUAUGUCUUAAGUGAACGUAAACAGUUGACAAAAACACAUGACAAUAUAUCCGUGCAGCUCUUAAAGUGACGGCAGCGGUGUAUUUGUCCGUUCAAGUGCAAGAUCUAUAAUAAUGUUAAUCAAACAACAUAAAACACAGAAAAUUCCUCUGCUGUUCUUGACUGAGUAACGUUCGUAACUAAUGUAAAAUAACACUGCACUUUAUAAAUAAAAUAUACAUUUGAUUAUAGUUUCUAUACCUGAAAGUCUUUCGCAAUAAGAUUCAUAAUAAAUGUGGAUAUCGAAGUUGUUUUUUUAACCUUAUUGGAAUCAAAAUUAGGAAUUGAUAAGCUGAAUCAAAUGAUACCCAACCCUACAUACCCUGUUUACAUAUGUAUAUGUCACGCCGCUUAAAUUUAUUUAUUCAGUUUUUAAAAUUGCAUUUAUUGGUAUAAUGUAAUAAAUUGAAAGAAGAUACUUUCUUGGCAUUACUUGCAUCUAAUAUUAAAGCAUGACUACUAUUAAACUAUGGCUUAUUAUGGGAAUAGUUGAACCAAAAACAGGAAUUCUGUUGACAAAAACAAAGAAAAUAUGUUUUUGUAUUACACAGCAUAUUAUUUAAAAAAUAGAAAGAAUUGUGUAAACGAUAUCUAUACACUAAUACUAUUGCUGAUAUUAUCUAAUUAAUAUAAUAGGAUUAUUACAAUUUUGUGUGUGUGUGUGUAUAUAUUUAUAUAUAUAUAUAUAUAAUAUUUAUUAAAUAGACAAAUCAGGAGAAUGAAAACAGCUGUAAUAUCAAAAUAUACUUUAUUUUGGACUUCAGAUCUGAUUCAAAUGACAACAGAUCAAUGCAAUGCAAGGGGGAAAUUUUGCAACCAAAAACGUUUGACUGGGAAAACAAAGGUCAGGUGUGGGGACAUCUGAGAACAUGUGGGACUCAGAGAGAGCAAAAUUGAGGUCUAAGCUGUACACCCUCAAACCGACCUCCAGUAGUUUGUUGGGGUUUCUUUUUUUUUUUCCUCUUUUUUGCUUAUUUCUUUACUCUUUUUUUUUUUUUUUAUAGCUACAAAGAAAUAUGAAUUACAAAAGUUUUAAAAGAGUACAAAAAGUCCAGGAGACAGACGCAGUAAGAAUAAUGAUUAGAAAUGACACUGGGGAACUGAAUGUUGCUUUGGGCAGGCAGAUGCUGGGGCGAUUAAAGAGAAGAGCAAACACCCUUCUGUUGUCGUAGACUGUAAUAAAUAGUUCAGAUCAGUGUUUUUAUCAGUUUUACACAGACCUCAAAAUACCACACCCUUGUUUAAAAUUCAAGGUUAAACAUGUAAUGUUUUAAAAUAUCUUUCUGAUGGGAGGAUAGAAAGAGAUUCAGAGCCUCUAUCAUGGGACAGAGACACUCUUUGGGUCUGUGACUACUUUUUUCCCCCCUCAAUGGAUGAGGCAUUGAAAAGUUUAACUGUCUAAACACUGAGAAAAAACCAAAAACACAUUAGUAUAGACUGUCCUCAUGCAUGCAAUUACUGUAAAUGAACAUCAGCAUCUCAAAUGGUAGUGCAGAAAAUCCCAGAAUAUCAUUUUACUUUCAAAAGCAUUUAAAUAAUGUCAUUCAGAUGUUUGUUCAAUGUUCUGAGCAUCAGACUUGCUUUAAGUUUUGGGUUCUCCAAUAAAAACAUGCUCAAUGUAAUGUAUUUGAUGUGAAUUUGUUUUUAAAUGCCUGAAGUUGCAAGACAUCAUGAACAAGUAAACAGUUCAUUUAUUAAAAUGAUGUAUGAAAUAAGAUGUUUAAUUCAAAAUACUGCAAACCUAAAGCAAGUCUUUUGUUUUUAAAUCUACAUGCAUGUCAAACGGUCCUUGGCUGCUGAAACAUCUUGACCUGAGGAACAGAAUUCUUUGUUAAUUUUAAGGGGAACUGAAUAUAGUAUGGGUGAACGGAUGUAUUUCCUGUAGAUGUGUGCGUGCCUGUUUUUUGUUUUGUGGUUAAUGUACCUCUCAUGUGGGGGGAUACGGUACAAGGUGGAAUAACAAUUACACCAUAGCAUAAAAACUAAAAGCGAAGAACAAGAAAAAGAUUGAAAAGUUUUCUUUUUCCCAUGUCCCCACACUUUUGAAAUCACAAAACA